AACCCCAUCCCUAUCCCUAUUCCCUCGCCGCUCCCUUACCCCUAUUGCCGUUAUCCUUUCUCGCUCUCUUAUAUAUACACUCUUCCCUCCACUGCUCCGUUAAUUCUUAGUCCAAGAGAUAGCAGCAGGAAGAAUAAAGGGGGCCAACGUCGACGAUGUCUGCUUACUGUGGAAAAUAUCGCGAUGAACUCAUUGCCAAUGCAGCUUACAUUGGCACCCCUGGUAAGGGGAUUCUCGCAGCUGACGAAUCCACCGGCACCAUUGGCAAGCGUCUUGCCAGCAUCAAUGUGGAGAACGUCGAAGCCAAUCGCCGUGCUCUACGGGAGCUCCUUUUCUGCACACCAGGUGCUCUGCAGUACCUCAGCGGCGUCAUCCUUUUCGAAGAGACCCUCUACCAGAAGACAGCUGACGGAAAACCGUUUGUUGAAGUCCUCAAGGAAGGAGGGGUCCUCCCUGGCAUCAAGGUAGACAAAGGUACUGUGGAGCUUGCUGGUACCAAUGGCGAGACCACGACACAAGGCCAUGAUGAUCUUGGCAAGCGCUGCACCAAGUACUAUGAAGCAGGGGCUCGUUUUGCCAAGUGGCGUGCUGUCCUGAAGAUCGGCCCGACAGAGCCAUCCCAGCUUGCAAUCAAUGAGAAUGCUAACGGGUUGGCUCGGUAUGCCAUCAUCUGCCAGGAGAAUGGCCUUGUUCCAAUUGUGGAGCCUGAGAUCCUUGUUGAUGGGCCCCAUGAUAUCAACCGCUGCGCUGAGGUGACAGAGCGGGUGCUUGCUGCUUGUUACAAGGCAUUGAACGAUCACCAUGUUCUCUUGGAAGGAAGUCUCUUGAAGCCAAACAUGGUGACUCCUGGGUCGGACUCAAAGAAGGUCGCUCCAGAGGUAGUGGCUGAGUGCACUGUGCGUGCUCUCCUAAGAACUGUCCCGGCAGCUGUUCCAGCCAUCGUCUUCCUUUCCGGUGGUCAAAGUGAGGAGGAGGCGACUUUGAACCUGAAUGCGAUGAACCAGCUUAAGGGGAAGAAGCCAUGGUCACUCUCUUUCUCAUUUGGCCGUGCACUGCAGCAGAGCACACUCAAGACAUGGGCUGGAAAAGAGGAGAAUGUUGAGAAGGCAAGGGCUGCUUUCCUCUGUAGGUGCAAGGCCAAUUCAGAGGCCACCCUAGGGGCAUACAAGGGAGAUGCUGCAAGGGGAGAGGGUGUCUCGGAGAGCCUCCAUGUCAAGGACUACAAAUACUGAUUUUGGUUCCUCGAGGUUUCUGGCUUGCUUUUAAAUGAGGUUGUUGGAUUACUAGCUGUUCAGCACUUCUUCGCCACUAGCCAGGUCUCGUUAGGAUUUCCUAACCUGAGGGUAUUUGGUACCUCGGCAGGUACGAGUCUUUGAAUGUUUGCUUCUCCUGGUUUAUACAGUUCAGUUCUCUCUUUCCUUUUCCAACUCCAAUGGUUGCUUCUCUGUAAUGAAGUCAUCUUUGAAUAUAGGUAUCUGCCAUGUAUGAUUAUCUUCCUUAUGUGGUCUUCUUGUUCUCUA